AUGUCGAGCUCAUCGUCAAGCCCGAAACGCAGUACAGAUGGACCGGCGCUUCCUGUGGAAAUUUGGGACAUUGUGCUCGACUGCUUUGUCGGCGCUCGGCACCAUCAGCUUCUGAAGAUCUCACUCGUUUGUCGGCACUGGCGGAACAGGUGCAGUCCCUAUCUGGUGCGACAUAUCGUGUUCAACAUCGAGGCGACGUGCUCCGCGAGCAUCGGACAAGAUGUCCACGUGCGCGAUGUUGUUAUCGAGCAUGGGGACUGGCGAACGGGCGACUUCCAUCCGGACGUCUUCUACCACCUGCAUACCUUGCUCAAGAAGAUUCCAUCUUUGAGAGUAAUCUCACACCUCCGGACACCAGAAGGUCCCGCGAUUGAAUACCUGAGGAUUGACUUCAUCAUCGAUGUCCACCUCAGUAACGGAGCUGUUGUGUCCGAAGGCCCCGAAUGCAAGGGCUGUGCCUUGCAUCCGAUGCCGACCCGACCCCUCACCGGACCGGGGGUGCUGGACGACAUCAUGGCGAGCCUGAAGACUGUCUCUGUGAUGUGCUGGAUUGUGCCUCAUGGAACAUUCGAGAUAUGCGUCCCUCGCUCGACGACUUUAAACCUCAUUCGCAAUGAAAGUGGUGAUUACAUUGACGGGCCGGAGCUGGGCUUCUGUGAUACCCCUCUCCUGUUCGCACUCCUUGUUAUUGCCGCUGCCAUUCCGAAAACUCUACCGGAGAGAGCCGGUGACCAUUAUCCUGCCGCCAUCUCCGUCAACUCGCAUAUAUGCGUAUUCGUGCCAUGUGCUAUCGGAGAUCGUCCGUUUCGGGCCCAUCUUCGUCUUCUCUCUCCCGACCUCGUACCGCCAUCACCAUUGCCAUCGCUCACCGUCACCUCUAUGCCCUUUGCGUCGACCCUCCGCCCGCAAUGCAGCAUAGCCUUUUUGAUCAGCGCGCAGUCCGCGCGCCCAUGGGUGACCUGCCCGCCAGAAAUCCGAGUCGUUGGGCUGCCGACCGCAUUCCGGGAGGUGCAAGAGGACUACCGUGAAACGAACGGACAUUUGAUAUAA